GCACAUACGCACCGGCAUUCGAUCGAGACACAGCUUUGGCGGCGGGGGGUUGACCAUCGCGACGUCACACCGUCCGCGCGCCGUCGCCGAUCGAUCGACUACCAUCUUACCGCACCACCACCACCAUUGAGUCAGGAAUGUAGUUAACUACGAUGCACAUAACGUCGGGUUUGUCGCCGGCGUCCGGCGAGAUGCUGGACGCCACCGUUAAUCUCUACGGCGAUUCAGGAGAGCAAUGCGGGUUCUUUGCUAUGGACCACGCGGUCCCAGAAUCUUCGCACACUGUUGAAAUCGAAUAUGUGUAUGAGCAACCUGAAGCUUAUGCGUAUUGCACUGAGGAACCGACAGAAAUACAAGUGGAGCAACCUACAAUUGAUGUGCCUCCACCGCCGAAGAAGAGCCAACAGAAACAACAGACAAAGGUUGCCGAAGAAGAGCCGGAAACUGAUUUGACGAAUCUAACGUGGUUACAGAACAUAACUAAUAUAAUGGCAGUGCCACAAUUUCCUAUACCGCCGAUGUCGCCUAACCCACAAGUGAAACCGCAACCUCAGAACACGAGGCUGCAGAAGUUUAAUCAGACAUUAGCAAAGUGCCAGAAAGAUUUUAUGGAGAACAAAGCAGAAUAUCAAAAGAACAGCGAGAGAAAGCCACCUUAUUCGUACAGUACGCUUAUAUGCAUGGCCAUGAGGUAUAAUAAUGACAAGGUGACCUUAUCGGCUAUUUAUUCCUGGAUCAGGGAGAACUUCAAGUAUUACAGGAACGCGGACCCCACAUGGCAGAAUUCCAUAAGGCACAACUUAUCUCUAAACAAAGUGUUCGUCAAAGUGGCGCGCUCAAAACAAGAGCCGGGCAAAGGAGGCUUCUGGAAGCUCGACCUCGCUCAUUUAGAAGGAACUAAGCGAAUUUCCAAUAGACCUCAUAAAAAGAAAAAGAACAAUGAACAAAAAUUUGAUCCAAAAAUUGCUGAGGAGAAAAUCGCAGUCGACAACAUUCCUCAAGUGGAAAGUGUAGAUAUUAUGGCUAAUGAAAUCAACCAAGCUGUGACGUUACAUUUGCCGGAGUUCCAUCUUCCAACAUUGCCGGACAUUGACAUGGAGGCCAACAUUGGAGCAAAUGUUAUUGUUGAACCGGUGGCGCCUCCACCGCUGAUACCAGAGGACGAUCUAUCUUCCUGGCUGCUAAAUCCUACAGACUGGGAGGAUCUACAGUUGGAUGUUCUCGACAACUACUUAGACUCGUGUUUCAAGUAAGUUACUGUCAAAUAAAGAGUUUAAAAGGGUCGUUUAAAAAAAACUACGGCGUCUGCGAAAGAAGUUAUUUUUUAUUAAUGAAUAAAUUGUCUUUUUGAUAUAAGGUAGAAGUUUGCACUAAAAUUCAAAGAAGUUUUCGUAUUUGCAUAGAUUUUAGAAUUUCGUGAAAUUUUAAUGAAUAUUAGUGACCUUUGACAUUAACAAAGUAUUUCUUAGAUAAAUUACUGCAAUUGUAAUACAAAGGAUUAAAGAUUAUUAGACGUUGCUCAAUCAAAGCUCAGUUGGUUAAAUUAGUGCGAUUUUAAUAAAAAAUAAUUAGUUUUGUGUAAAAAAGAAUUUAUUGAAAGAAAUGAACACAUUUUAAUUUUACAUAAAUAAACUAUAUAUACACAUUUGUAGUAAUAUAAAUACUAUGUAUAUACAAAGUAGGUGCCUUAUCCUAAUACAUAAAAGUCAUCAUUUUUUUAAAAUAUUUGUGAUAAUGACGACAAUUUUACCGCUCAGUAUUAGACGUACAAUUAAACGGAUAAAAGCUUAAAUUAAAAAUCAAUAGUAGU